AUGCCAUACAAGGAAUGGAAGAACAGGUUCUCGUUCGAUUUCGAUUCUCACGGUGAACCACGUGGCUCGCGAGUCCCUAAGGACCCCCCAAUGAUCAUCUGGGCCCACGGCCUUCCCUGGUUUCCGGUUUUCAAAGACGUUUACCUGUUAGGCAUCAUCGAUGUCGGAGCCCUGACAGGUCGACUCAUCGUGCACAUUCGCACAGAUUUACCAGUGAUUGCAAUUGCCUCCAGGACUAAGGCAACAUUUAUACCACUUCCCUCGCGACAAUUUCAUACGAGGAACGGAAGAACAGGUUCUCUUUCGAUUCGAUUCUCACGGUGCCCACGUGGUUCUCGAGUCCCUAAGGGAAACCCUCCCAUGAUCAUCUGGGCUCACGGCCUUCCCUGGUUCCCAGUUUUCAAAGAUGUCUACAUCUUGGGCGGCUCUUGGUGCAAAGCGGCUGGGUAUCUACUUCAGACACGGACCCCAAGGAAUGCAAAAAAGGACAAUGUUUCAGACACCAUGUCCCUUGGAUAUGUCCUGGCUCCCCCCGCCGCAGUGGAAGCAUCAAAGGCGUUCUCAAGCACGAUGCUUGAGUUGAGGAAAUAUUCGUCCAUUUUAUACGACCCUGACAUCACAAAGGGCAUUGUCGAUGUCGGAGCCCUGACAGGUCGACUCGUCGUGCAUCCUUCAGUCGCCGCAGGCGAGACUCCGACUUUCUCGGACCAGGAUUUUGUCUCUCAGGGUUUCGCAAAUACAGCGGGAAAUACCUUCGUUAAUGUCGCGACACAAAUCGGCACUCCCGAUCCUCAGGGCUCCCAGGGUGACGGAACAGAGGAGGGGUCUGACGAUUCUAUGGGUAGCGAGGAGCUCGCGGAAUUUAUAAAAGGCCCGGGUCUUCCCCCUAAGUCUCCUCCUCCCAAGUCUCCUGGUUGCAGGUCUCCACGUUCCAAGUCUCCACGCCCUGCGACCUCUCAGCAUGAUAAAACUACGACAGAAGACAAACCCCUGACGAGACUAGGAUGGUGGAUCGUGAACCAGAAAUUUUCUGCCAAGGUCAUAGAAUUGAUCCGUUAUCGCGUCUCGCUGCCAGAGCCAAGAGUCAACUUUCUCAUCUCAAAUAUCAGAGAGGGGGACCCAGAAGAGUUAUUACGUGCCCUAAGCCUCAGCAGUGAACUGCAGGUCAUGGGUGGCUUGAUAAACGAUUCGUCCCAGUCUUCAGGCAUCAAAGAUGCCAUGUCCAAAUCUUGCAGUGCUUUAACGGCAGACUUAAUAGGCUUCUCUACCGAGGAGUUGGUCCAACGACCCUAG